UUAAGAUUUUCAAUUAAUAAUAUCUUUGGAAAUUCCGACAAUUGAUAUAAAAGUAGUUAAUAAAAAAAAAAAAAAUGACACUUUUACUUUCAAAUAAAUUUUGUUCCCAAAGAGGAAAAAGAAGACAGUUGAAUUCGAGACACUGUACGAAUAAGUUCGGAAAAUUUGUACCCGGUUCUUUUUUAAAAAAAAAAACAAAUUUAUUAAAUAAGAGUCAUUGUGAAAUAAUAAAUACAGUGAAAUAAACUUUUUAAGUACAUAUGAAUAGGUGAAGUCAUUAUGGAAAAAAGAUUCUACUUUUGUCAAUCAUUUAUGAUUUAUUUGCUGUUUUUAAUCACAAGUGUCAAGAGCAUUAAUAUUUCUCAUUCUCACAAUGAUGAUUAUUCACUGAAAAGUUCUUUCAAUGAAGUGGAAAAUUCAUCAUCAUUGAAUGAUAUUAUUGGGACAUUACGAAUAAUAACGACAAAUAAUAGUGACGGUAAUGGCACAGUGGAAUGUUCAGUUCGAUCGAUACAUGAUUUUCCUGAGGAUUUAUUUAAUCGUUAUGAAAGAAAGCAGGGUGCUGUUAUUUUUCAUAUAUUUUUUUGUUUCUAUUGCUUUUUGCUGACAGCAUUUAUUUGCAAUGAUUAUUUAUUGCCUGCUCUUGAUUGUAUUUGUGCUGAUUUAAAUAUCAGUGCUGAUGUUGCGGGAGCAACAUUUUUGGCAACGGCAAGUUGUUUUCCUGAAUUAUUUGUUAAUGUUGUCGGUACAUUUUUAACUGAAUCUGAUCUUGGAACUGGUGCAGUUGUUGGAAGUGCUGUUUUUAAUACUUUUGUUACACCGGCUUGUGGAGCUUUAUCAGCUGCCGAGGCAAUUCACUUGAAAUGGGGAAUAUUAACACGAGAUUGUAUUAUUUAUAUAAUCUCCGUGAGCAGCUUGGUAAUUAUCAUGUGGGAUGGAAUAGUAACAUGGUAUGAGGCAUCAAUACUUUUAUUAUUAUUCGCCGGAUAUUUUAGUAUUUUAUUCUUCAGCGGAAGAAUUUCAAGAUUAUUUACAAAUUUCGUGAAAAAACCAAAACUUUCAGGUGUUAAAACUGUAGAUACAAAGAAACAUGACGUUAUGCCUCACGGAACUUAUAAACCAUUCUUUCACGGAGAAUUAGUGAUUGAAUAUAGAAAUAGUUUAGUGAAAAAUAAUAAUUUCAAAGCAGCGGUUAAUGGAGAGAUCUCUAAUUUCAAAGAACCAUUGGAAGUGUACAUUGAACCUGAAACAAUCUUCACAUGGCCGAGAAGUUCAACAUUAGCAAAAUUUUGGUUUUUAUUCACAUGGCCAUUAAGGUUUAUUUUAUUUUUAACAAUUCCCGACACAAGAUAUCAUCGAUUUCGUAAUUGGUAUCCAGUGACAUUUAUAAUGUGCGUAAUAUGGAUUGCUGUAGCUUCAUAUUUAGUUUCCUGGAUGACAACCGUUGUUGGCGAUACAUUAGGAAUCCCCGAUUCCGUUAUGGGAAUAACAUUUUUAUCUGCUGGCGGGAAUAUGCCGGAACUUGUGUCCAUUGUCAUUCUCUCGAAACGAAAUCAUGGAGACAUGGCAAUGAGUAAUACAAUAGGAGCAAACACAUUAGAUAUUCUUUUCUGUCUGGGACUGCCCUGGACAAUAAAAGUGAUAUUAAGUGGGAAAGAUGUACAAAUUCAAAGCAGUGCCAUUGCUUAUAGUGUUUUAGCAAUAAUAAUAUGUGUCGUAGGUUUUUACGCUGUCACCGCUUACUACGGAUUUAAAUUAAAUAAAAAAGUGGGUCUCGCAUGUCUCGUCAUGUACACCUUAUUUUUAAUCUUUGCCAUUCUUUUAGAAUUGAAUACUUUCUUCUUUGUGAAUCGGCCAAUGUGUGACGAUUAAUAAUAAUUAAUUAGCAAAAAAAAAAUAACAUUUUUUCAUGGUCACAAAUUUGGAAUUUUUCAUGAAGAAAAAAAAAUUAUCAAUUCUACGUGAAAGUAGAAGAGAAAGAUAAUAGAGAUUGAAAAGAUGGUAAAGAGAAGAAAUAAAAGAAUCAUUUCUUAACAUCGAUACAAAGUUGCAAGAAGAAAAAAAGGACAACUUAUUUGCUCAUGAAAGAAAUGUAUUUUUUCUUCAGUGAAGAAAGAUUAAUAAUAGAUUAAUUACUAGGUAAUUUAUUAAUCAUUGUAAAAAGAA